AUGUCAUGCAUAUACAAACUUUCCAUAUCAGGAAUACGAUCUUUCUCAGAUGAGACCCAGGAAACAAUUCAGUUCAGCAAACCGUUAACUCUUAUCGUUGGCACAAACGGCUCUGGUAAGACCACCAUAAUCGAGUGCCUCAGAUACGCCACUACCAAUGAGUUGCCCCCAAAUACCAAAAAUGGUGCUUCAUUUAUCAAUGAUCCAAAUUUACACAGUUCUAAUGAGACGAAGGCUCAGAUCAAAUUGGCUUUUCAAAAUACAAGAAAAGUCAAUAUGAUCCUCAGCAAAAGUUUGAUGGCGAUCAAGAACCCGAGAACUCAGCAGAUCAGCUUCAAGACCAAAGAAAAUCAACUUAUGGCUAUACAUCAUGGUGAAAAACAGACAAUCAGCUCAAAGGUGGCUGAUAUUGAAAAUUUAAUACCACACCAUCUCGGAGUUUCCAAGGCGAUUCUAAACUAUGUAACCUUUUGUCAUCAGGAUGAAAGUUUAUGGCCCAUCAGUGAGUCUGCGGUGUUAAAGAAAAAGUUCGAUGAAAUUUUUGAUUCCAGUAAGUUUAUAAAGAUUUUAGAUUCAAUAAAACUGAUAACCAAGGAAAUCAACACAGACGUCAAGUUGAUAAACAACAACGUAGAACAUUUGAAAAAUGACAGAACAAGAGCUCAAAAUAAAAGGCAAUCGAUCAAAGUUCUACAGACACAUAUUAACAACAAUAAGACAGAAAUGCAGUUGCUUCAAGAACAUGUAGAUGAGGUAACACUGAAGCUUCAACAGUUAUACACUUCUAAUCAAGAUUACGAAAGAACGAUCUCCAAAAUGGAAUCGCUCGAACAGGAUAGAAGAAAUAUGCAGAAAAAUAUUGAAGGCAUCAAACUUACUACUGAAAUCAUUCACAAACCCAAGGAAGUUUUGUUAUCCGAGUUGAAUAAUUUUACGAAUGUUCUUGCUCAACAGACAAAUGAAUGUUUAUCGCUGCAAAACACCAUUGAGUCCAAACAAAAUAGUUUAUCGGCGACUCGAGAUAGCCUUAACAAGUUAUUGAUGAAAAGUGGUAAUUUAGAAGCACUUCACAACAAGCACCUAGCUAACAUACAAAAACGAAAGAAACUUAUUGAAGACUUAGAGGAGAAAAUCAGAAACUUGACAAGUAAAAAGCAAGAGAGGGAACAAAAAUAUACUGCAUUGUUGAGUGAGAUUUCUGCACAAUAUGAUAAAGCAAAGUUUUCCUUUACAAAGGAAACUCAGCAUUUGGAAUACAUGAAAAAAGAUUCCCAAAAUUUACGGAAUAAAAUUCAAGAACUUGAGUCACGAUAUGAGAGUAUUGCAGGUAAUCAAUCUAAACUUGAUACAUACCGGGCCAGCUUAUCAUUAAAGGAAGAGUCGUUUACUAAAAUUAAAGCCCUCAAUGAAAUUAGUACCAUCAGUCAACAGAUAGAUAUUGAGGGAAAAAAACUCACGCUACUUGAGAAAGACUAUCAGAAAGAGUUUGCUACAAAAUUAGGAGAGACUACACAGCUUGAAAGGCAAAUGAAGGAAGCAUAUUCCGAGAUAAAUAGAGAUUACAGAGAUGUUGAUAAAAAGUACACAAGUGAGUAUGCGAAGCUACAGACCAAAUUAGCAAUGGCCACAGACUUGACAACUUUGUACAAAGCAACAGAUAAUGGAGUUAUGGAAUUCCAUCAAACUCAAAUGCAAAAGAUUAACAACAUCAUCGAUGAAUUGUGGAAAAAGACUUAUACUGGUAAUGAUGUUGAGACAAUAAAGAUCAAAGCUGACCCGAUUGCCGUUAAAAAGAAGAGCGAGACUUCUGCUACAAACAACAGGUCGUACAACUAUCGUGUUGUUAUGAUCAAGAACGGGACUGAGUUGGAUAUGAGAGGUAGGUGUUCUGCCGGUCAAAGAGUUCUCGCCUCGAUCAUUAUACGGAUUGCUCUAGCUGAGUGCUUUUGUUUAAACUUCGGAAUGAUUGCUCUAGAUGAGCCGACAACGAACUUGGAUGAUGAGAAUAUUGAGAGUUUGGCGAAGGCUUUGCACGCUAUUAUUGAAGAGCGUUCAGUGCAGCGGAAUUUCCAGUUGAUUAUAAUUACACACGAUGAGAAGUUCUUGAGGUGUAUGAAUGCUGUUGACUUUACAGAUCACUAUUAUAAGGUGAUAAGAGAUGAAAGGCUUAACUCGACAAUUAAUAAGGUCAGUAUUGCCACAGUGACAGAG